AAACCAUUUCUCUGGCUGGUUUCAUCUUGGGUCACAUUAGAUAGUCUUCCCAGGUUCACGUGGUUCAUGUCCUUUAUAUUUCAGGGGCUGCUGACAUUCCAGGAUGUGACCAUAGAUUUCACUCAAGAGGAGUGGGAAUGCCUGGACCCCGGUCAGCGGGAAUUGUACCGGGACGUGAUGUUAGAGAACUACGGGAAUCUGGCCUGCUUGGGUCUUGUGGUCUCUAAGCCGGACCUGGUCACGUUUCUGGAGGAAAUGAUGGAUCCCUGGGAUGUAAGGAGAAUGGAGACAGCCAUACACCCAGGUGUCCAAGUUCCUCUGCCCGUGUUCCUCAGGGCUCUGAGAAUUUUUCCACUUCAAGAUGUAUUCUUGAUGCUUUCGUGGAGAGAGAUGAACUCCACGUCUUCCGAAUCCUCUGCCAUCUUGACUCCUUCUAUCUCAGUUUUCAGCUUAAUCUAGCCAAGUGUAUGCCAGUUUUAUGUAAAUUGUAAUCUAUAUUCCCCAAGAAUAGUAAGUAGAAUUAAUAAUUAUUUGGUAUCUUUCAGC